AGUACAACAGUAGAAUAAGGUGAGACGGAUACUGUGUAAUAACUGCGGUUACAGCCUUGGAAAGGAACUAAAUUCACAUCUUAAUCAGAAUAAAGUUUUUUUUUUCUUCUCAGACAGCAUAUAUUUUACCCUCCUUAUUUUUUGUUUUUUUUUUUCUUUUAUUUCUUUCUAGAGCUCAUCCAAGAUGAAGGAUAUCAUUGUUUUGUGUCUUCUGGUGUUCGUUGCUGGAGCUUCUGCACAGUGUACAUGCAAACACAUGAAAUGGGCAACAUGUGAUGGUACUCCAUGCAAAUGCACAGUUAUGGUUGGAGAGGCUGAGAAGCAAGAGCUAGACUGCGAGAAGUUGAUUCCAAAAUGCUACCUCAUGCAGGCAGAAAUGUACCGUGCAAGGAAUAACUUGUCCACUAGAUCUAUUACUGGGAAGCCAGUUGAGACUGCAAUUGUGGAUAAUGAUGGGAUCUAUGACCCAGAGUGUGAGAAUAAUGGGACUUUCAAGGCUGUCCAGUGUAAUGGUACUGAAACAUGCUGGUGUGUCAACAGUGCUGGUGUCCGCCGAUCUGAUAAAGGCGACAAGAACAUAAAGUGUGAACCAGUGGAGACCUACUGGGUCCGCCUUGAGUUGAAACACAAGGAUAAUGGCAAGUCUUCUCCAGAUGUGGAGUCACUGAAGACUGGAAUUAAAGAGGUCCUCAGUAGCCGUUAUGGACUGCCUGGGAGCUUUGUUAGUGAUGUUAAGUAUGAUCCAGAAGCCCGUUUGAUUGUUGUGGAUCUUAAGAAGGAGAAAGGAACACCUACGCCAGACCUGCCCCGCACGGCUUACUACAUGGAAAAAGAUGUGAAGGCCCUGCCCCUGUUCAAAUCCCAGGAUCCACUUUUGGUCAAUGCUGCUGGUAACGCUGUGCAAGUGGAGGGCAUCCUGGUCUACUAUGUAGAUGAGAAAGCUCCCACGAUGACUAUGCAGAAGCUGACUGGUGGUGUGAUUGCUGUGAUUGUGGUCGUUAUCCUGGUUGUGCUCGUUGGCCUCAUUGUUCUGUUUUUCGCCAGGAAACGGGAACAGAAAGCUUACAGCAAGACGCAGGUCAGGGAGAUGGAAACAAUGUCAUAAAAGCUACCAUGGCUCUGCAGCUGUUUUUAAACACCUGGAGUCAUCUGCACUCACCUGCUAUAAAUUAACUCUUUUUGCUGGGUUUUUAAAUUUUAAAUAUAUAAACAAGUCUGUUACAUGCUUCAUGCUGUUAUGAUUAAUUGUUUUAAAUGGACAGUCAAGUCUUUACCUCCCAAUCAGGAUAGAGAUGGAAAUGUUUGUCUUGAAUUUUGAUUUGGUCUGAAUAUAGCCAUAUGUCUAGGUUUCUCAUUGAACUUAUGUGGUUGAAAUUAAUGUGUACAGUGUUUUUUAAUAAACUUUUUGUCUUA